UUGAAGCAUUAAAAUUUGAUUCUCAUUUGGAAUGCCUGGGAAGGUGUCAAACGGAGGUGAUGUUUAUGGGUCUGUUAUUAUUCCAUAUCAAAGGGUUCAUUAACCCUUCCAAGGAUUUGGUUACCACUUACAACUUGGAUACUUUAAACAGCUACCAAAAAUAUUCUUAAUUUAUGUUUUUAACUACAAAAUCAAAAACUUACAACUGUUAUUUAGAUAAUAUUAUUUAGAUAAUAUUUUCUUAGCCACAUUAAUGUUUUAUUUUUGCUGCCAUUUUUUUGCUACCUGGUUUAACUUACUAGAAUAUAUUAGAAUAUAAUCUUGUCAUAGUUCCGUAAUAUUUUAAGGCCUAAUUAUACGGCCACAAAAUAUUAAUUAUUUCUGAGCGAUAUAUAAAUAAUUUGUCUGUGUUGGAAAAAUAUUUCAUUAUUAAUAAUCAUAUAGGAUUGGAAAACAAUGUACAUUUUGUGCUACCAAUCUAUACAUUAUACCUACAUUUAUACAAAAUUUAUCAUCUCAUCAAAAAAAAAACCCCUUAACUAAAUUACAAAAAAAUUGAAAUAAAUUGAUUUUAGAUUAAGGUUAUUACCUUCACAAUAAUACGUAAGGCUUAAAAUAUUGCUAAGUAAUCUAAGUAACUUUAAAAGGGUAUGGAGCUUUCCUUACAACUUUUUCUCUUUAGUUAACCAUAUACUUUGCUCAGUGGAAAGGUUUAAAACCCCUGACUCUAUCAGACUUUCCUUAGUGUGAGACCGAAUUAACACUUAUCAACAUGGAUAGUUUCCUGGAAGUGCAGAAGAGCACCAUCGCCUGGCUUGGAUUUGAUUUGUUCAGUGAAAACCGUGAGAUGUGGAGGCGACCCUAUAGAGCCUUGAAUGUAUUUGGCAUAGCUACCAUUUUUCCCUUCAUUCUGGCUGCUGUGCUGCACAAUUGGAAGCACGUGAUGCUGCUGGCGGAUGCCAUGGUGGCUCUAUUGAUUACCAUUCUGGGACUCUUCAAGUUCAGCAUGAUACUCUACUUGCGAAGGGAUUUCAAGCGAUUGAUUGACAAGUUUCGUUUGCUGAUGUCAAAUGAAUCGGAACAGGGCGAGGAGUAUGCUGAGAUUCUAAAUGCAGCUAACAAACAGGAUCAACGUAUGUGCACUUUGUUCAGGACCUGUUUUUUUCUGGCCUGGCUACUGAAUAGUGUGCUGCCCUUUGUGAGAAUGGGUCUCAGUUAUUGGCUGACAGGACAUGCUGAACCAGAGCUGCCUUUUCCCUGUCUUUUUCCCUGGGACAUCCACAUCAGGCGCAACUAUGUUUUGAGCUUUAUUUGGAGUGCCUUUGCCUCGACUGGUGUGGUUUUACCUGCCGUCAGUUUGGAUACCAUAUUCUGCUCUUUUACCAGCAAUCUGUGCGCCUUCUUCAAGAUCGCACAGUACAAGGUCAUAAGAUUUAAAGGCAAAAAUCUCAAGGAAUCACAGGACACUCUUAAUAAGAUCUUUGCCUUGUAUCAAACGAGUUUGGAUAUGUGCACCGACUUAAAUCUAUGCUAUCAACCCAUCAUUUGCGCCCAAUUUUUCAUCUCUUCACUGCAACUUUGCAUGCUGGGCUACCUAUUUUCCAUAACCUUUGCCCAAACAGAAGGAGUGUACUACGCCUCUUUCAUAGCCACCAUUAUUAUACAGGCCUACAUCUAUUGCUAUUGUGGCGAAAAUUUGAAGACCGAGAGUGCCAACUUUGAGUUUGCCAUCUACGACAGUCCCUGGCACGAAAGUUUGGGAUCUGGUGGAGCCUCGACCUCUAUCUGCCGAUCCCUGCUGAUCAGCAUGAUGCGGGCACAUCAUGGAUUUCGCAUCACCGGCUACUUUUUCGAGGCCAAUAUGGAGGCAUUCUCAUCGAAAUUCGCAUAUAGUUCUCAGAUUGUCCGCACAGCCAUGUCGUAUAUUACCAUGCUCAAGUCCUUCUCCUAAAAAGGCUUAAAUCACAACGCAUUGGAUUGAUUUUUGUGCAAUUUUCGUUUUAUUGCUGAGCUUGCGUUGCCGUACGACAUUUAACAAUCGAAUUUACAUAUCUUACAAAUGUUUAUCUCACACACAGUUCGUUAGGCACUAAGUAGAAUGUAGAUUGUUGAACGUAGAUUGAAAACUGGAUUGGCUGUAGAAAUUCACAGAUGAAGCACGAAGAUGAGAAAAUUUUUUGGGGAGAGGAGGGU